CCGCGGCUGCAGCUUCGUCCACGUGCUCCACGCCCCCUCUCGCCCCCUCUCCCCUUCUACGCUCUCAGAUCUUCGCAUCACUGCGUCGGUUGCAUCGACUCGACGGCCCUCACGUCCACGAUGCUGAGGAACAGGCACACCACUUUCAAGAUCAUGAAGGCCUUCAACUCCACGCUCGCCGCCGUCACGCAGCAGACCACCUUGGCCAUCACGCGUGCUGCCAAGGGCCCACUGCCAGACUUGCAAGUGCCUGACGUGCACGUCAAGCCGAUGAGUGGCACUGUGUCACUGCACAUUGGCAACGAGAAAUGCGGCGAGACGAACCUCGGCGACGGAGACUUCGGCACGGCAGGUGACGGCAUCGUCACCAUCGGCCAGCAGGCCGUCAACAAGGUGGCGGCGGACAAGCUCGAGGUCGGCCAGAGCGGAGAGCUGCUGUGUCAGGCCAAGUUCAACGUCACAGACAGCAGCGGGUACGCAGGGGGAAGGGGAGCGACACAGGCACAGGCACUGUGCUCGACGCAUCAUGCAAUAUGUGUGUGUGUGUGUGUUGUGCGUUGUCUGUGACGCCUCUGUCCGUUUAGUUUGGUCGUGGUUGGCGGCGAUGGGUCGACCACUGUGCACGUGGCCAAGAACGGGGUGGUGUUCCCGCAGACCAUGGGCCCCCCCACAUACCCCACCACCAUCACCGUGACGGCCACCGGCUAUGCGGCCAUGGACGUGGGAGGCACCACCAUCACACCCAAAGGCGGCGGCGUCCUCAGCUACACCGGCACCAUCACCGGCGAGUGCGACCUGACGGUGGUCCUCAAGACGCCCGCCAUGGACCCGGUGCUGGCGAGCCUGGACCCGAGUGGGCCUGCUGCCAACGGCCACAACGAUGCGAGUGGCGAUGAUGAUGAUGACGACAUGGAUGUCGAGUGCGGCCGCGAAACAGCGGCCCAGCGCCAAAUGGACGUCGAGUGAGCCGGCAGACGGAGGCGUGAGAGAGCCGAGCGGGGGAAGGUGGUAUGGUGUGUGGUGUGGUGUGAUGUGGUGUAGUGAGGGGAGUGCUGUGUGGUAUUGUGAGGUGCCCAUUCGGCCAUGAGCACAUGUGUUUUUCGUUUUGCGUGAAUGAGUUGGGGAUCGAUCAGUGGCGUCAGAGCAGAGAGGGGGACGGAGAAGCAUGGUGUGUCGACAUGUGCGUCAAAGUUAGUCCAGAGAGACGGCCAGAAAGGGUGCAUGCCCUGGAUGUGCGUUUAAGUCGUGUGUGCAUUAGGAUGGUCUUCCCUUUGUAAGCUAUACGUGAACGGGGACGUGUGCAAAGAGGGAGAGAGAGAGAGAGAGAGAGAGAGAAUGGUUUCUGUGCGUGCAAGCUGCUGCAACCUAUCCUUGAUUGGAGUCUAGGUAUUUAUCCGCUUCCUCUUCUUUGUAUUGUAUAUAUUAUGUGGCUCCGCUGCUUCCACACCCGGCCGUGUGUGCACUAGUGCUGCAUGAGCUGAGGUGUUUUUGCCCAUCGUGGGCGGACAGGUGGGACGAGGGACAUAUGUCUGUCUGGCUCAUGAUGUAUACAUACAGUACCGAUGAGACAGUAUCAUAUUACAUGCAUCGCGUGAAGGAGGAUCACGUGAGACCACAGACAAACACACAGAAAGACGCCUCACUAAUCACAUACAAAGCGC